UGCAGAUGAUGUGUUCUUUUCUCCCUCCUCAAACGAAUGGCGCAAGCAUCAGUUCGCCUCCUCUGGGUGGCUUUGCGCACCAAUUAAUCCGCCGGCGUCUUAUUUUGCUGAAUUUAUAUUUCAACAAUCUUGCUCAAGGCAUGAGCCUUCCGAUCCAGGAGGCGAACACCGCCGCUCGCCGAACGUGCCAAGUGGACUGACCUCGAACCAGUUUGGAUUUGUGAGUCGCAACACCCCUGCGUGGGAGACGCAGUGGACGCGCCGCUGUGAGGUUUUUGUUUUAUUUUUCAUUUUGUUUCUUUUUCUUCCUCCUGAUUCCUUGACAUGGGCGAAGUGAUGGUACCGGUACCACUUCGCCUUCUCGUGGCAGCGUGACAACUUUAAUGGUCACUACAGCCCUGUCUCUCUCUUUUUUAAUGGGCUCGCGCUGUUUCUGGGGAAUUACCCGCCGUUUUCUUUUCCAAUUAUGUUCACUUUUGCUGCCUUCUGCUACAUGCUGUCUCUGGUUCUCUGCGUGUCCCUCAUCUUCUUCGCAAUAUGGCAUAUAACAGCGUUUGAUGAGCUUCAAGCUGACUUCAAAGUGCCAAUCGAUCAAGGCAAUCCACUCCACGCGCGAGAGAGACUGCGAAAUAUUGAGAGGAUCUGCAACCUGCUGAGGAAGUUGGUGCUACCAGAGUACUCAAUCCAUGUGCUCUUUUGUAUCAUGUUCCUGUGUGCCCAAGAAUGGCUGACUGUUGGCCUCAACAUCCCCCUGCUCUUCUACAACACAUGGAGCCGGUACUUCCAUUCCCCAACGGAUACCAAGGAAUUGAUCUAUGACCCAGCUUCGGUUAUGAACGGCGACACACUCAAGUUCUGCCUGAAGGAGGCCUGGUGCAAGCUGUCCUUCUUUGUCCUGUCCUUCUUCUACUAUCUCUACUGUGUGUGGAACCUGGAAAUAUCCCUCUAAUAGGUCUUAUCAAUGGGAACACUUGAAAGUAUGAUCUACUCCCUGGUUACCUCAUAACAACUGACUUAUCAACAACUGGAGAGACAAAAAGCCUCUGGAUACACAAACUGCCAUUUUUUCAGAGCUCUUUUUGCAAGAGACAUGUAAAAGUAUGCUUUUUUUUUUUUUUUUUUUUUUUUGCUGCUUCCCUUUCAACUCAAAAGCAAAAGGACCUAGUAAUGCUCAAGUAUACACAGAAAAAAAAACUUUUAAAUGUUGAUUGGUCGUAGCGAGUUAAUCACUGCCUGCCUAAGAAAAGUAUCUCACACACACGCACACUGACACACACACUCACAUAAACAGCUUUUUCAGGAGUGGUGCAGUUAUGUACUGCCUAGUAGCAGUGAUGGUAGCGCAGAGGAUGAAAAGCACAGUAGCAUUUGCACAGUUUGUCUCAGGCACAGCAGUACUGCCCGACCCAGCCCAGCAAAGCAGUCAACCCCCUUUGGAACCUCACUGACAGUAGCAAGAGUGAGUCAGAGUGCGUGGUGGAAUUGUAUCACACUGCUAAAGGAAAAAAAAUAAUAUUCAGGAGAGGCACUGAGAGCAACACAUACACACAUCAUGACUUAGUGUAUUGGGCAUUUUGAUGUACUCUUUGCCAAAAGGCAUUUAAACAUAGAAGUACAGUAUACAGUAAAUGCCUUUCUUGUGUUAUUUUAAUGUUCUUUGAGAAAGCUUUUUCAAACUCCCAGCUAAAAGGCAAGCUUGUUAAAAAUCUCAUUUGCACAUGCACAGUGUUUGCGAUAUUUGGCUGUUUGUUCAUUAUUAUGUAUGAUACUUCAGGCACACAAGUGAAGGUCUUCCAAGUAUGUAAAAUUGAAAACAGGGAAGCAAUUGUAUGUGACAAUUUUCUAGUGCAAUUUAAACAAGGGACCAAAACGCUUUUUGGGGUAAUUUAUUGAGAGUGAGAUUUUAUUGCAUCCAUAUUUAUCUAAAUGAAUAGUUCAUCCAAUGUUAAGAAUGAAGCACAAAUGUACAUGGUUGGAGUAAUGGAGUCUGUCAUUCAUCCAUUCAUUUAGCCAGGUUGAUGGCUUACCUUUUUAUAGGCACCAACCACUUUACGGCCACAGCUCCAGUCGGCCAACUCAGCAAUUGAGGCACGGAAUGUGGUCCGCUUGGGCACAGUUUCACCCUUCGACACCUGGACAUGAGCAAAGUUCUGUUGGAGGUUGGAGUCUAACCUUCUUCUGACGAGGGCAAAACGUUCCCAGGAAAACUUCACAAAACAAUAGCGUCUUCCGGGUGGCACUGGCUGACCCAAAUCCCCUAUUCCCUCCCACUAUGGAGAGGUGGGUAGAGUAGCCAACUAUUUUACUCAAGUGAGAGUAGCGUUACUUCUAAAUAAUAUUGCAAAAGUAAAAGUAGUAAACCAAAAAUUUACUCAAGUACAAGUAAUAAAAUUAUUCGUUGAAAAGAAUACUCAUGUAAUGAGUAGCAUUGUAACCGCUUACAAUGUCAGAUUUUUUUUAAAUAAUGUUUUUUUCUCACUACAACUUCAUCUAUAUGAACUGUUGUUAUUAUACUGUACUAUAAUUUAUGACAUGACCAUAUUAGGCCAAAAAGAUGACAUAAAAAUCAUAAAAUUUAGACCAGAACAACACAAUGAAACAUCACUAGUCUAAGGAGCAUUAGUGCCCUCUAAUGGAGUAAAAACAUGGUUAUCUCUGAAUGCUAUAGAGUCAUGUAGUUAAAGUUGCGACGCGCACUCGACCCACCUCUGCGAUUUGGUACAUACUGACGGCACGGUUAGCACGUCUUUUUUACAGUUCUGAGAUCGAGAGUUCAAUCCCGGGCUCUGGCCUUUCUGUGUUGAGUUUGCAUGUUCACUCCGUGCCUGCGUGGGUUUUCUCCGGUGUCCCUCCACAUCCCCAAAACAUGCAUGGUAGGCUGAUCGAACACUCUAAAUUAUCCCUAGGUUUGAGUGUGUGUGCAAAUGGUUGUUUGUCUCCUUGUGCCCUGCGAUUGGCUGGCAACCGAUUACGAGGGGUAUCCCCACCUCGGGCCAUGUAAAGAGGGUUGCGACACUCUUUAAUCUCGCUGCCGGGGUCACGUGGUUCAUCUAGGGCGUGAGUAGUUCCAAGCAAAAGCAGCGCUGUAGUGGUUUUCAAUGGAACUGACAGUGAUAAUUGCGACAUUUAUGGAAAAAUAGAUAAAAUCACUAAUUUUAGCUAAACUAAACCCGUACCUCUUUAGAGGCAUUUUUCAUUUAGUUUGGACCCAAGCAACACAAAAUGAUGACAAGGCAGGAACAAAAAUGUAAUAUUUUCCUCAACAUGGUGUAAUGUAUAACAAUAACAACUUAUUACCCUUUGAUGAAGAAAAUCAUAUUUUUUAUUGAACAAAUGGUGAAAUAGGUCCCAUGGUUCAUUGUUUACACCUAACAUGUUAUAGAUCAGUGGCCUGUGAUGGUUGGCUGUGCAGCAUUGUUCCCCAAGGACCAAGAGCAGCAGAAAAAAAUGGAUGGCAAUAGUCAGCUGUCAAAACAUGAAAUAAAAGCAUAGGCGGAGUUUGACUUUUGGGCCGGGGGGGGGCACAACAUGUUGAUGACCCCAAAAGGCAGUGUCAGCAAUAAAAUUCACUUACAAGAAUAUUUAUAAUAAUAAAUUGAAAAUGAGCGUUUUUUUGUUUCCCAUCAUUCAUGAGCUGAAUUCUAAAUCAGGCUGAUUAGGACAGCUAUACUUUUCGCCAACAUCAUCAUUCAUUGAAUAUGGUACGCCCGCCGGUGAAAUGCCAAUGUAGUUACCCUAGUCAAAAAUUGUAUCCCCUGGGCGGAGCCAUAUGGAGGUAGAUUUGUGUCUUUUUCGAUCAAAAUGAAUGUGUUUGAAUGCAAAAAUUAAUUUGAAACUCAAAAAAAUGCAUUUGAAAGCUAUUUUUCUUUGGGAUAUUUUUUUUGUUGUUGUUCAUUGACGUAAUGUUUUUCGUUUGGGCCACAUUUUGGCUAGGACAUUUGUGUCUUUAUUAUUCAAUCAAAAAAUAAGUUGCUUCAAACACAAAAUAUAUAUUUUCAAAUGAAAGAUCACUUCAAUCAAAAAAGAAAAUUUUCAAUCAUAGAAAAAAAAGGCUCAAAUAUUUGCAUUUGAGCACAUAAUUUUCAAUUUAAAAAGUUCAUUUUAGCAAUCGGUUUUGUGUUUGGGCCAUAUUACGGGUAGGACAUUUGUGUCUAGAUCAUUCAAUCCCCCAAAAAGUUGCAGCAAUCCAAAAAAAAAAAAAAUUUUUUUCAAACAAAGAAAAAAAAUCAUUAAAAUAAUAUUGCCCUCCCCUAAUUUAAAAAAUAAAUAAAUAAUAAUAUGCAAAGCAAAUGACCGUCUAAGGUGCUAGUAACAUGAUCUGUUCGAAAAAUAAUUUUGACCCAUUAUAAAAAAAAAAAAAAAUGUGUUCAUUUCAUUCAUUGUUUUUUUGUUUGCUUUAUUGCUUUACAAAUUUUAUAUAGAUAGGAAAGUCAGUUACAUGCAAUGACACUUUUCGGCCACCGAGGGGGGCCUGGGCCGGGAGGCCUUAAACUCCGCUUAUGAAUAAAAGGAUUUUUUUGUAUGUUUGUUGCUACUUAAAAAUGGGCUUAGUGCCCACAGCCAGCAGUCACCAUCAGCAGGCACCAGCAGCUAUCCCCAGCAGAAGCAGCAAGCAGCAUGAUAUGAAUCAUGAAAAUUUAACCUAAAAAUAAUAAAACACAUUAAAUCAGUUUCUAUUAUAAAUUUGUGUCUAUUAUUUGUUGACAUAACUUUUCAAGUUUAUACACAUCUCUAAAAUAUAAUAAUGUCAAACAUUUGUGUGUAAAAAGUACAAGUUGUCAUGCAUUGACUUGGUACUCUUCCAUGAGGGUGAUACCUUAGUUCAAAGCUUACAAAAUCAAGCUAAUAAGCAUGUGAAAGCCGGUCGUCUACCAAUACUCACAAAUACAGAUGAGUGUGUACAUCACAAAGGGUCUCUGAAAGAGUUGCCAAUUUAACCCUUUAUUGCCAAAUGUAUCACAUUUGAUACACCUAAAAUUUCAUGAUUUGGGACUAAUUCAGAAUUUUGACAUUUCUUUUUGGGGAAAAAAAUGAUGGAUGCAAGUCAACACAUGCAUCUGCUGUUUCCAUGAGAAAAAAAACAGGAAUUAGCGAGGGUUAUAGAUAUUACAGCGCUUAUUACACAUAUUCAUUUUGACUUUUCUUUUUACAAAUUUGAAAAAAAAGGUUUCAUUAAGACCAUAUUUUUCUAAUUUUGGGAUUCACUGAUAAUUGCUUCAUGUUGCAGGUAUUUAAGGGUUAAAAGAGGUAGUGACUUUUUAUUUAUCCCUGGCGAGACAUUCCCGUUUAGCAGAGCCAGCUUAAAAAGUAGGAUAAAAUCGCUCGUCAACCAAGAUAAAAUAUAUGUAUAAUUACGCCACGCACAUACAAAUAAAGCUCAACAUAUACAUCAUAAAGCGCUUCAGAUAGAAUACAGACUUGAAAAUUCAAAAGGGAUAAUUAUUUUCAUCAACUUGCCUCAGAAAAUACUCGACAACGAGUCAUUCGUCUGAAUGCGGUCCGCCCUCGUCGCAGUGAUGUUUGGAACUACCCGAGGCUCCACUACCUGGAAGAACCCGGAAGUAAAAUCGUAAAAUGGAUCCCUCUGGGAGUGUCGCAACCCUCUUUACAUGACCCUGCCCCCGCCUACUGCUCAUAGUUAGCUGGGAUUGGCUCCAGCACCCCUGUGACAAUGGUGAGGAAAAGAUGCUCGGAAAAUAAAUGAAUGAAUGAAUGAAUGAAUAUAGGCACAAAUAACAGUCACAGUCAGUCUGUUCCCCCACCUGAAUGUGCAGGAGAGGCUACUCACUAGUUUACUGGAGUGAACCACAAAGGACAGGCACCGAGUCGGAGGCCAAUAAAUAUGCCAACAUCUGCUCGCCGCAUCUCACUGUGGGCAACUCCAUAGUGGAAUAACAUCUAACCCCUCUUUAAAGGACUGGCACCACAGCCCAGGCUGUGUGUCCAGAUUAAGUCGACUAUAUCCAGUCGGAACAUCUCAAACUGUACACACAGUCUCUUUCCCUGCCAGAGAGCCAACUUCUGUCGCUAGGGAUUGGACCGCCUUAGGCCACCGACCACUCCGCUUUGCCCUCAUCCCCUGUCCGGCUAAACUCCCAUCAGUGCAGGCCUGGCAAACAGGUGCUCGUCACUGUGCCCCGCCUCUAGACCCGCAUCCAGGCGUGUGACCCGUUGAGGAAACACGCCACCUAAACAUCAGACUUAUCUUAGGUCACUCAUUGAAAUUCUAAUAAAAGCAACUGUAGCAAGUGAUAAUCACGUCACCUCCACCGACACUAUAUCCACCAUCAAUGCUUGCUAUAUUAUUCAUGAUUCUCAUAAAGUAAGAUAUUAUCUCUAUUAAUAGGUCACACAGAAAAUAUUAUAAUUUUCGUCAAUGCAGGCAUUUCAUGAAUAUAGACUGCAUCUUCUAUGUUUCCUAGUCCAAACCACCUCGGGUCCCUGUUCCUGCCAACAUGGAGGAAAGUCCUGCACUCCAACCCCACCCCUGUAUUUUGUCCUCUUCCAAUUCUAACAUUUUAUAUCCUUAUUGUGGAUGUGAAUUGAA